AUGGAGAGUCCCUGUGGAAUUUUAAUCAUAUUUGGACUUUUUCUUCCGGCGUUUGGACAAUUUAUGCCUUCGAAUUUUGCAUGUUCGUCCCCGAAUUCAACAACUUUUGUUUUUACCUGGGUCCGACCGAACGACCCUACAAGCCAAGUGCAGGGCUACCACCUUACCAUCUCCCGGUCAGAUGGUCUACAGGUCGACAAUUUCCCGCAAAUGGUGAUCCCUGGUUACUUGGUACAGACGUACACUGUGUAUGGUGUUGGGAAGUUCGCUGUUUACACGGCUAACUUACACUGUUAUACCGCCAGCGGAAACGAGGCCGAUGUCACAAUUGACUGUAAAUCUAUGGCAGACGCCCCUAAUGGUGCCCCAAAUUACGUCAACGCGACAGGAAUUUCCUACUCAGAGGUCGAUGUUGUUUGGGACGAGGUAGAGGAAAUUUACAGGAACGGCGUACUUCUUGGCUACAAGAUUAUAUAUUUCGCUCUGGAUAACUGGACCCCACAAACUGCUGACGUCAGCAACACAACUUUCAAUUACGUCAUUAGCUCUCUAGAUUAUGACACCAAAUAUGUUGUCAGCGUACUUGCGUAUACAUCAUACGGAGACGGCCCACAAACUACUGAUAUCGACAAGACCUUGGGUCCUACAACGUCGCCGCCGGAGGAAGAGAAAAAAUACUUCUGCUAUGAGAUGAUCCCGGGGGUGAUCGAAAUCGGCUGGAAUGGCAUGCCUUGUACAAUCUAUAUGGGUGUAAUCGGAUUUCUCUUCGUCUUCGCUCUCAUCUUCGGCAUCGCAUGCUGUUGUGGGGGUGGCGGUGCUGCAGCCGGCGCAGGGGCUGGCGGCGUUGGUGGUGGUGGCGGAGGUUCCCGGGUAGAACCAUACAACGAGUACGAUAGCGGAGAUGAUGAUGACGAUGGUUAUGCAAAUAACAAAUCUCAUAAUUCAGCAAAGAGUACUGGACAGGUUACGUCACGUGACGUCUGGUUAGCAAGCCCCGCUCCCGGAGAUUACGACGACGAACACGACGAAGUGUCGACUCCAUUCCCGCCUCCGUCAACAUUUAUUCCUCGCGUCGGCGCAGUUGCGAAACCGAAACCAACUGAUAAUAACCCCGCACCGAAUACUGAAACCACUACAAGAAACAAUGACUCAAAUAUUGUGAUUGAAGAUGAUGAAGGCUUUAUCUAA